CAAUUAUCAAUCAACAUUUGAAUGAUUACCAAAUAAUCAAUCCAAAAAUGAAACAAAAAUCUUUAAUUUUAAUUAGUUUAUUGUUAUUGAUUGAUCAAUGGUCAUUGAAUAAUGGUCAUUCAGGUGCUGUGGUUGUUGUUGUUGAUGGUGGUGUAUCAGCAUGGAAACCACAAUCAUAUUGUCAUAGUCCAUCAAAUGGUCGAUUUGAUAAUAUAACCGAAUUUACAAAUGCAAUGUGUACAUAUUGUUUAUGGACAAUAUAUACUGAAUCAACUUAUUAUGUUUGGCGUAAUGGUUAUGAUUUUAAUCGUUUAUUAUUUGUUGAUCAAUCAUUUUCAUCAAAUUCAAUUGUUGUUAAAGAAAAUUCAACACAUGCUUAUUAUUAUGAUGUUGAUUAUGAUCAUUUUAAACAAUUACGAACAUUACGACAAUAUAAUAAUGAUCCAAUAUUAAAAGAUUUGGCCAAUGAACUAUUUGUGGAUAAAAUUCUACAAUGUUGUCAAGAUGCACAUGAUUGUUGUCAACGAAUGCUUAAUACAACUAUUGAUGAUAAUCAUAUUGGACAAUGUCCAAUGAUAUGGGAUGGUUGGUCAUGUUGGGAUCCAACCGAACCAAAUACAAUCGGUAAAAAUAUUUGUCCAGAUAUGUCAUUAUUAGCAUUUGAAGAUUAUUAUGAUAAUAUUCCUUCGUGUGUUCGUUCGAAUGCAAUGAAAACCUGUCAAACAAAUGGUACAUGGAUACAACAUACUGAUUAUGGUGAAUGUAGUAUAUUGGGUAGAUAUACAAGAGAAAUUGCUGUCAAAUCAAGAAUUAUAUUACAAUCAAUAUCGAUUUUAUUAUCAAUUAUUGCCAUUAUAAUAUUUAUUUAUUUACGUUUAUAUGUAAAAUUUUAUAUACAAUUAUUAUUGAAUUUUUUCUUGUCAAUCAUAUUAUCAUCAACAAUAUCAUUAUUAUAUGAUAUUUAUGUUACCAAAGGUCAUAUAGAAUUUUCAGAGAAUACUAUCCUACAAAACCCAAAUUAUUGUCGAACAUUUACAUUUUUUUAUAAAGAAACAAGAAUGAUGAACUAUGCAUGGAUGCUGAUUGAAGGUAUAUUUUUACAUAAUAGUGCUGUAUUUGCAUUCAAUUGUCGUAAAAUGACUGAAUGGCGACGAACAAUAUAUUUUUUUGGUUGGAUAUUACCAAAUAUUAUAAUGAUAAUCUAUGGUAUUAUUCGAUUGAAAUAUACCGAAUCGUUUGAUCGUUGUUGGACCGAUUCGAUCGGUAAUUUAGAAUGGAUAUUUUUAUUUUUUCCAUAUUUAUGUUUUGUUGUCAACCUGUUGCUCUAUAUCAAUCUGAUUCGUAUCAUAUUAAUCAAAUUAGUAUUUGUUAAAAAUGGUCAAAUGGAUUGUACUGGUAUUAAAUUAGCAUUAAUGUUGAUGCCAAUUUUCGGUAUACAAUAUGCAAUACAUAUGAUAAUAAUUGAUCCAACACAAACAUGUCAAACAUUUUUAUUAACAUUAUUUCAUUUACAGAAUAUGAUUGAAUCAUUACAGGGUACAAUUAUUACAUUUAUUCUUUGUUUUCUCAAUAAAGAUGUAUAUAAAACAAUAAGUAAUUCGAUACGUAAACAUAAUAAUCGACGGAAAAGUAAACUUUCAACAUUCAUAACAACAAUGAAUGAUUCAGCCAAACAAAUGGAAAAUUCACCAUCAUUAUCAUCAUAAUCAUAAUAAUUAUCGAUUAUUGGAACGUGGAUAAUUUAUUUAUUUUGGGAAAAUUUUACUC